UGAUUGGUGAGCUUUGCGACCCUGCGGCGAGUAGUACUCCCCGCCCGCGGUAUGUUGCAUAUCCGCUAAACGCCCGGCUUCAAGCCUUCCAUUCAACCUUUCUAACAAGCGACAUUGCAUGACGGCACUGCGUAGUACUCAUCUACAAGUACUACUAGGUACUGACUACUUCUAAGAUUCUCUCAUCCAUACCACUAACCCAUCCCCUCCAUAUCUCCUCCCUCCUCAGAAACCCACACCCACCAUCAUGUCAACUUCCAUAACCCAGGCCACUCCUUCCGGGCUCCCCAGACACCUCCCAUCCCCCAAACCCACGUCCAAGCCGAAUGCCACGCCUCUGGAAGCCCCACGACCCAAACUGCGUCUCCAAAUCAACGACCUCCGCCACCCGGCCUCCAAAUUCUUCCUAAAUCUGAUCCCCGACGUGAGCUCGACACUGGAAACCGCCCUCACAGCAAUCAUCGAGCACCUAUAUACCCCACCACGAACAGACCCCACUCCUACCAGGCCCCUGUCGACCUUCACGCCCUACGUCCCCGCAACCCGCUCCGUGACAGUCCUCCUCCGCGACAUUGACGGCGUCGCCUACACUACAGGCACGGAGCUCGACAACGACCACAAGGAAAUCCACCUCUCCCUAUCCUACAUUCGCACCUGCACCGGCUACCUAGACCCUGUGGCCGAGAUAACUGGUGUCCUCACCCAUGAGCUCGUGCACUGCUACCAGCAUACCGCGCCACCACAGGCCCAAGAGAUCCCCCGGCCGCCCGGAGGCUUGAUUGAGGGAAUUGCGGAUUUCGUGCGUCUUAAGGCGGGGUUGGAACCGCCGCAUUGGAAGCGGCCUACGUCGGCCAAGGAGAGAUCCGAGAAGUGGGAUCAGGGAUAUCAGCAUACGGCUUACUUCCUGGCGUGGCUGGAGGAUGUGCGGGUGGGGAAAGGUGCGGUCGGGCUGUUAAAUGAUCGGUUGCUGCGGGUUGGAUAUGUCGGUGAAGAUGGAGGGGGCGGUGCGGGGAAAGAAGGGUUCUGGAAAGGUCUGUUUGGUGUCGGGGUUCAGGAGCUCUGGGAAGAUUAUGGUAGGUACUUGGAUACUCCUAUCGAGGCAGGUAAAGGUGACUGGGAGGACGAAAUUGUUAACCGUGAAUGAUUGUUUGGGUUGAGAGUGGCCCGGUACAAUGGGAUCGAUUGUGUACAUAGCGGAUUGCAUGAGGCGGCAGCACUCACUACUAUGGUUCGAUGGUACUACUAGUAAUACCCCAUCGUUACUACUAACUUACUUGGGUAGGCAUUGGCCAGUCCGUCUAUGCCUACCGGGUCGGGAAGACGGCUCCCGGCGGAGACGGACGCAGGAUCUUCUUGCGUAAGAUCGAUUGAAUCCGCAGUACAUGGCUCUAUGUACUUUGAUCUAGAGU